AUGGCAGCCUUGUCUUUCCUGCCACUGAUGAACCUGAUGUCUGAUGCUCUCCUCACACGCGAGGCAUUGAGUGAAGCAGGUUUACUGGACACGGUGGCGCCUAAUCAGAAGCCCCUUCGGGACCCAGACACUUGCCACUCCAGCUGCCAGGAGUGGAGGCUGCUGACGGCUCAUAGCCUAGACUCUGCGGAGAAAACGGCCCUCCGCCUCCUCACUGCUGUCCCGAGGGAGAUUCUCGGGAGAUUCCGGACGGCGCAAGGGAGGCGCAAGGGAGGCGCAAGGGAGGCGGAGGCCAUCUUGUGCCAUCGUGGCCAAUGUGCUGACUCAGCUCCGUGCGGGAGGCAGCCGCCGGGCCAGGUGUGCGAGUUUAGCUUCGUGACGAGGGGCUCCACCUCUGUAGGGCUUCCGCUCCACCGAGGUCAGGGGCACCAAGAAUGGGCACAGUUCCAGGCAGUCUUUGUGGGGUCGCCGCUCGUCCCUGUGGGGCUCCAGCCUGCUGCUGGUCUUUGCUUCCUGACUGCCCAGCCUGCGGACUUGAAGCUCCAGUCCAGAUGCCGACACAUCCGUCCGGGGGCCACUUACUCCCUUCCCACAAUGCGCGGGUCGGGUCCCUGCAGUACAUCCCCUGCUAGACCCGUCUCUUGUGCUAGAGAUCUCGCGCUGUUCUGCUUCACCGGCCCCACCCGGACUGACACAGGUAUAGAUCCAAGAGAAUUGAAAGCACGGUUUCAGAGAGAUAUCUGCACCUCCGCAGUAAUAGCAGCACUACUCAUAACAGCCAAGCGGUGGAAGACCCAAAGGUCCAACAAUGGAUGAAUGGAUAAACAAAAUGUACUUUAUACAUACAAUGGAAUGCUAUGCCUCCUUAAAAAGGAAGGGAUUCCUGUCACACGCUACACCAUGGAUGAAGCCUGAGGAUACUAUACUAAAUGAAAUAAACCAA